CUCCAGCUGCGUGCGUGUGUGUGUGUGUGUGUGUGUGUGUGUGUGUGUGUGUGUGUGUGUAUGUGUGUGCGCGCGCGCGCGUGAGGGGCCAAUGCUGGAAAGGAAACAGCGGCCUCGCUGAGGAGAAGAAAGGAGCCGCCCCCUUCGUUGCCAGCCCCCUCCUCACUUCCCGUCCGGCGCGCUGCUCCCUUCCCCCUCGGGGAGCGAGCAGGAGGCGGCCCAGGCGGAGCGGGAGGAGCUGGCAGCGGGGCGCAUGCCAGUUGGGGGUCCCCAGGGCGCCCCGGCCGCCGCCGGCGGCGGCGGCGUGGGCCACCGCGCAGGCAGCCGGGAUUGCUUACCACCUGCAGCGUGCUUUCGGAGGCGGCGGCUGGCACGGAGGCCGGGCUACAUGAGAAGCUCGACAGGGCCUGGGAUCGGGUUCCUUUCCCCAGCAGUGGGCACACUGUUCCGGGUCCCAGGAGGGGUGCCUGGCGAGGAGUCCCACCACUCGGAGUCCAGGACCAGAGAGUGUGGCCUUGACCUGGGAGGCCUCUUGGUUGGGAGCCCUGUUUCCAAGAGCGCAACAGCCCCUUCUGUGACCUCUGUGAGAGGAAACUCGGCACACUUUGGGAUUCAGCUCAGAGGUGGCACCAGAUUGCCUGACAGGCUUAGCAGGCUGUGUGGCCCUGGCAAUGCUGGGUGGCAGCAAGAGUUUGCAGCCAUGGACAGUUCUGAGACCUUGGACGCCAGCUGGGAGGCAGCCUGCAGUGAUGGAGCAAAGCGUGUCCAGGCAGCAGGCUCUGUGCCAUCAGCAGAGUUGAGUAGCAAUAGCUGCAGCCCUGGCUGUGGCCCUGAGGACCCCCCAACCCCUCCUGGCUCUCACAGUGCCUUUGCCUCAAGCUUUAGCUUUAUUCGGCUCUCGCUUGGCUCUGCCAGGGAACGUGGAGAAGCAGAAGGCUGCCCACCAUCCAGAGAGGCCGAGUCCCCUUGCCAGAGCCCCCAGGAGAUGGGAGCCAAAGCUGCCAGCUUGGACGGGCCUCAUAAGGACCCUCGAUGUCUCUCUCGGCCCUUCAGUCUCUUGGCUACACAGGUCUCAGAAGACUUGGCCCAGGCCGCCGGGAACAGCUCCAGGCCAGAGUGUGAGAUGCAUUCUUUACCGGACAUGGACCCUGGUUCCUCCAGUUCUCUGGAUCCCUCAUUGGCUGGCUGUGGUGGUGAUGGGAGCAGCGGAUCGGGGGAUGCCCACUCUUGGGACACCCUGCUCAGAAAAUGGGAGCCAGUGCUGCGGGACUGCCUGCUGAGAAACCGGAGGCAGGUGGAGGUAAUAUCCUUAAGAUUAAAACUUCAGAAACUUCAAGAAGAUGCAAUUGAGAAUGAUGAUUAUGAUAAAGCUGAGACAUUACAACAAAGAUUAGAAGACCUGGAACAAGAGAAAAUCAACCUGCACUUUCAGCUUCCUUCAAGGCAGCCAGCUCUUAGCAGCUUCCUGGUUCACCUGGCAGCACAAGUCCAGGCUGCCUUGCACCGUGGGGCCACUCAGCAGGCCAGUGGAGACGACACCCACGCCUCACUCAGAACGGAGCCGAGGCUGUUGGAAUGCACUGCUCAGGACAGCUUGCAUGUGUCCAUCACGAGACGAGACUGGCUUCUUCAGGAAAAGCAGCAGCUACAGAAAGAAAUCGAAGCUCUCCAAGCAAGGAUGUCGGUGCUGGAAGCCAAAGAUCAACAGCUGAGAAGGGAAAUAGAGGAGAAAGAGCAACAACUCCGGUGGCAGGGCUGUGACCUGACCCCAUUGGUGGGCCGGCUGUCCCUGGGUCAGCUGCAGGAGGUCAGCAAGGCCUUGCAGGACACCCUGGCCUCAGCCGGUCAGAUUCCCUUCCAUGCAGAGCCACUGGAAACCAUAAGGAGCCUCCAGGAAAGAAUAAAAUCCCUCAACUUGUCACUUAAAGAAAUCACUACUAAGGUGUGUAUGAGUGAGAAAUUCUGCAGCACCCUGAGGAAGAAAGUUAACGAUAUUGAAACCCAACUACCAGCCUUGCUUGAAGCCAAAAUGCAUGCCAUAUCAGGAAACCAUUUCUGUACAGCUAAAGACCUCACCGAGGAGAUUAGAUCAUUAACAUCAGAGAGAGAAGGGCUGGAGGGACUUCUCAGCAAGCUGUUGGUGUUGAGUUCCAGGAAUGUCAAAAAGCUGGGAAGUGUUAAAGAAGAUUACGACAGACUGAGAAGAGAAGUGGAGCACCAGGAGACUGCCUAUGAAACAAGUGUGAAGGAAAAUACUAUGAAGUACAUGGAAACACUUAAGGAUAAACUGUGCAGCUGCAAGUGUCCACUGCUUGGGAAAGUGUGGGAAGCUGACUUGGAAGCUUGUCGAUUGCUUAUCCAGAGCCUACAACUCCAGGAAGCCAGGGGAAGCCUGUCUGUAGAAGAUGAGAGGCAGAUGGAUGCCUUAAAGGGAGCUGUUUGUAUAGCUGCUCCUCCUAUUCCCCCCAGGCUCCACUCCGAGGAUAAAAGGAAGAACCCUUUGCAGGCAUUGGAAGAAUGGAAGGCUCACCUCAUCCCCUCUCUGUACUGUGCUGGAGGCGAACAGAAAGAGGAAUCUUACAUCCUUUCUGCAGAACUUGGAGAAAAGUGUGAAGACAUAGGCAAGAAGCUAUUGUACUUGGAAGAUCAACUUCACACAGCAAUCCACAGUCACGAUGAAGAUCUCAUUCAGUCUCUCAAGAGGGAGCUCCAGAUGGUGAAGGAAACUCUGCAGGCCAUGAUCCUGCAGCUCCAGCCGGCAAAGGAGGUGGGGGAAAGAGAAGCUGCAGCUUCCUGCAUGACAGCUGGUGUCCGGGAAGCACAAGCCUGAGGAGAGACGGGAUGGGGGAGGGAGGUGGGCUGCCAUGUCAACAGUUUGGACCCGGGGGGCUGCUAUCCCCUCCCCCUGCAUAGCUAAUGUGCCUGAAUUAAUUAUGGAGAUACAGAGCCUUGAGGUCUUUCAGUGGAAAGGUGGCUCAUGUUCAUUCUCAUGAGUCUGAAACUGAGGAGUCUGCAAAUUGGAAUAUGGAGAGAGAGACGGAUUUGCUGAAUUUCCUUCCAAAUGUCACUCAAAAAUUUCUCUUCCAUGUCAUUCAUGGGAAUGUCUUACACAGGAUUUGAGAAUAUUUUCAUCUCAGCCCCCAUUAGAGAGAAGUUGGGGUGAAUUCUGGAAAAAUGUCUCUUUUCCCUGUAGCAUUUGUCUUCUGCUGCAACUAAAAUAUUUCCUGAUUCAAGAUUCUAUAAAAAGGAAACCAAGCAUGAGACUCUGUCAUCAUACCUGUUACACGUUCCUACAGGUGCACGAUCUAAGAGAGCUAAUUAACCUCAGAGUCUGGAAUUAACAGCUUUUCACCUUACUUCUCCUGUGAUCUAAUAUUAUCUUAGAAAAAUUAAUAUGCAACUUCCAAAAGAUAUUUUGGUAAGACAGCAGCCUCUCAGUGGUAUGCCACCUUUCAAUUUUCCUUUUGUGGCAAUGAUUGCACCUGAAGAAAGGAUCCCUGAGAGUCUGUGUUUCAUCAGGACAUUCUGAAAUUUACCCACAGUGAGGCUGUGGAUGGAUCAGGGGAAACCUGUAUAAAAUGUUUGAGCCUGUUCUGUUUUCCCAUGGAACCUGUUUCACUCAAUGCCAGGCAGUGCAGCAUUUAGGAAAGCAGUGAAGUACUCAGUAAGGCAGUGCAGUACUCAGUAACACAAUACAGUACUCAGGCAGUGCAGUACUCAGUAAGGCAGUGCAGUACUCAGUAACACAAUACAGUACUCAGGCAGUGCAGUACUCAGUAAGGCAGUGCAGUACUCAGUAACACAAUACAGUACUCAGGCAGUGCAGUACUCAGUAAGGCAGUGUAAUAGUAAUAGUGCAGUACUCAGUAACACAGUACAGUAACACAAUACAGUACUCAGGCAGUGCAGUACUCAGUAAGGCAGUGUAAUAGUAAUAGUGCAGUACUCAGUAACACAGUACAGUACUCAGGAAUACAGUACAAUACUCAGUAAGGCAGUGAAGUACUCAGUAAUACAAUACAGUACUCAGUUAGGCAGUGCAGUACUCAGGAAUACAGUGCAGUACUCAGUAAGGCAGUGCAGUACUCAGUAAUAGUGCAGUACUCAGUAACACAGUGCAGUACUCAGUAACAGUGCAGUACUCAGUAAUACAGUACAAUACUCAGUAAGGCAGUGAAGUACUCAGUAAUACAAUACAGUACUCAGGCAAUGCAGUACUCAGUAAGGCAGUGAAGUACUCAGGAAUACAGCGCAGUACUCAGUAAGGCAGUGCAAUACUCAGUAAUACAGUGCAGUACUCAGUAACACAGUGAAGUACUCAGUAAUACAGUACAGUACUCAGUAAGGCAGUGCAGUACUCAGUAACGCAGUGCAGUACUCAGUAAUAUAGUACAGUACUCAGUAAGGCAGCACAGUACUCAGUAAGGCAGCGCAAUACUCAGUAACACAGUGCAAUGCUCAGUAAGGCAGUGCAGUGCUCAGUAAGGCAGUGGAGUGCUCAGUAACACAGUGUAGUACUCAGUAGGACAGCACAGAACUCAGUGACACAGGGCAAUAUAUAGGCAGUUAUAUAGGCAAUGUAGUACUUAGUAAAUCAGUGCAGUACUCAAAAAUGCAAGGGCAUUUCAGGCUCCUGCUGGGCUGCUUCUUUGGCCCAGCUGGGACUCCUAUUGAGACAGCUGCAAAACAGGCUGAUUUCAAUUAGGCAGCACUUUCCAAAGUGCACUGAGGAAGGUGGCCCCAAGAGAUGCUCUCUAAACAAAGGAGUCCCCUCUCCGGUCAAGUACCUUUGAGAAAUACACCAUACCAUAAUAUCUGCUUGAGAACCACAAUGCGCAUUAAUAUAUUAGUCUGAGAGAGAACUUACAGUGAGUAAACUCACUUGAUUUUAUCUAACCUCAAACUUUCCAAGCUCAAUGGACUGUGAAUUUUUUUCAUGUAACUCCUAUUCAUAUCCCACAGAUCUAGUAUUGUACAGCACUGCAUUCUCUGAGGAAGUCCAAGUCCAAACUCUGAUUUACAUCACUGUGGAAACCACACUCACAGUUUUGCAGAGUGUUGAGGUUAAUAACUACCUGCCACAGAUCGGUAAAUUUAAUCCAGUGGUGGUUCUGUCUGUGCUUCUGUUCUCAUAUAUGUGAUUAGGGACAGUGAUGUUCCUGCCUUCACUAGGAUCCAUGGAUAUGAGGCCAUUUUUGUUAUUUCCUGAAGUCACACUGGCAUUUCCAGAAGGCAUCUGGUGCUUUGCUCAGCCUUCCAUGCUGUGCCGCACUUCUGUCCUCAGUCAAGGAGAUGGCCCUGCUGAAGCCAGCAAUUGGCUGGGGUCCAGGAAACAAACCAAAAACACAAUAUGUGAAUGUGCUGAUUGUGUUCCCUAUGGCUUCAUCUUGAGCAAAAUACACUCUACAUAUUUUAAUAAUAAGUAUAAUUAGCUUGUUCCUGGACUUCGUUUUUCAAUGAUGAACCAAAUUCCUCAAUUAUUUAUAAUUGUGUCUAAAGAAAAUUAUGAACUGGUCGCAUGGCACUUGGAGUCCUUGAAUUAAUUCCAGUGAAGCAAAACUUGGGAAGAGUCAGGAUUGGCCACAUUGCCAAUAACAAAUUCCUACUUCGACAUAUGUCUUUUUAAAAAGCCUCCCAGACACAAGACAUCUUAACCGUCACUAGCGCAAGUAUUUUGUAUUAUACAGACACCAUCGUGAAAUAAUUCUGUGAGGUCAUGAUGUAUUUGAAAAUUCUGCAAGUUAAUAACUGUCUUGAAUUAUUUGAACCCCAAAUAAGGGUUCUUUGGUACCUCUAGUAGAUAGUGGGUUCAUUUCCCUGCUGCAAAUUUUGAAGUAUUUGGGCAGGUGAGUAAUGUUUUAACCAUGUGCUGUAACUCAUCUGUUGUCUUGGCUUGGUCUU